AUCUUGCUGGUUUGCGGCCGGACUUGGAUGUGUCGCCGGGGAUAUUGAGGGCGUGGGGUAGGGUGGGGUGAGGGGGCGAGGCAGCGAGGAGGGCGGUGAAACUCUCCUCCCCGCGGCCCCAGCGCGUGGGACGGCGUGGACGUGGUGUCGGAGGGAUGUCCGCCUUCUCUGAGGCGGCGCUGGAGAAGAAGCUGUCGGAGUUGAGCAACUCGCAGCAGAGCGUGCAGACCUUGUCUCUGUGGCUCAUCCACCAUCGCAAGCACUCGCGGCCCAUCGUCACCGUGUGGGAACGGGAGCUUCGUAAAGCCAAACCAAACAGGAAGCUUACUUUUCUCUACCUAGCCAAUGAUGUCAUUCAGAACAGCAAAAGGAAGGGGCCGGAGUUUACAAAAGAUUUUGCACCAGUUAUAGUGGAGGCUUUUAAGCAUGUUUCAAGUGAAACUGAUGAAAGUUGUAAGAAGCACCUUGGAAGAGUUUUAUCUAUUUGGGAAGAAAGGUCUGUUUAUGAAAAUGAUGUGUUAGAACAACUUAAGCAAGCUCUAUAUGGUGAUAAGAAACCUAGGAAGCGAACUUAUGAACAGAUAAAGGUGGAUGAAAAUGAGAACUGUUCCUCCCUGGGAUCUCCAAGUGAACCACCACAGACUCUAGAUCUCGUUCGAGCAUUACAAGAUCUAGAAAAUGCAGCUUCAGGUGAUGCGGCAGUUCAUCAGAGGAUAGCUUCUUUGCCUGUUGAAGUCCAAGAAGUAUCCCUACUAGAUAAAAUAACAGAUAAAGAAUCUGGAGAAAGGCUUUCUAAAAUGGUAGAGGAUGCUUGUAUGUUGCUGGCAGAUUAUAAUGGCAGAUUGGCUGCAGAAAUAGAUGAUAGGAAGCAACUCACUCGAAUGUUAUCAGAUUUUCUUCGUUGUCAAAAAGAAGCCCUUGCAGAGAAAGAGCAUAAAUUGGAAGAAUAUAAGCGCAAGCUAGCCAGAGUUUCCCUGGUGCGCAAAGAACUCAGGUCCCGGAUCCAGAGCCUGCCAGACUUAUCUCGAUUGCCCAAUGUCACUGGAAGCCACAUGCACCUGCCUUUUGCGGGGGACAUCUACAGUGAAGAUUGAUGACCAGUCUCUUUCCAGAGCUCCAGGACUUUGCAAGAAUUGGAGACAGGUUAGGUGAAUAGUCCUGUAGCAUUAUUUUUGUAUAUUGUUGAGAGAGUGACACUAACAAAAGAAACAAGUAAUUUAUAAAAUUGUUUAAAAUGUUGGUUUGUUUACUAUUUUAUCGGUAAAUUAACAUGACUUGGUUUAAACAACAUGAUGAUCUGUGUAUUAAUAAGCACCAAAUAGUGAUUAUUUUCAAAAGAUCUUUUUGUAAAUUUUUUUUGACCCAGGGCCUUGUGAGAUAGUUCAUGUUUCUAUUUCUUCACAUAUUUUUGAAUGUUUUUCUUUCCUUUCGUCAGUAUCUAAUCACUGUAUACUAUGUAAUUUCUAAAGGGGAAGAACUAAUCAGGAAUUGGUUGAGACUUUAUUAUGGUAUAGUUAGGACUUGAUUAUAGAAGGAAUAAAUGUUCUAACUUAAUCUUCACCCUUCUCCCAUCCAAAUGUCAAUUCUGUGCCUCUCAAUGCCUUUGAUUCCUUAUUCUCUAGAGGUCAUUCAUUUAACACUUAACAUGGAUGUCACUUUGAGGGUCAGAUCAAAGCCUAUAGAACCUUUUCUAUAAUAGGGAUUCUAUUGCAACUAUUAGUGUAGAAAAAUAGUGUUAAACAGGGAGUUCCUUGAUUAAACUAUUUAGAAUUAUUUGAGUAGAUUAAUAUGAAAAUGCUUUGGAAAUGUUAUAAAUUUUGACUGUACAAAAAGGAUACCUUUGAUGCUGGAACUGCUAUCUAUUUGUCAAGUCAGUCUCCUUUUAACAUAAUUGAUCCCUUUAACAUAAAGCCAUGUAUGGGAUUAAAAGAAACAAAAUAAUGAUACUUCUGUUACUCCCUUCGCCACAUAGCUUUAAAAACAAUAGUAUUUUUAUCUCUAAUAGCUGAAGAACAUAAUAUUCAGUAACAUUCAGUAAAGUAACCUGGAACAUUUUUAAUGUUUCCUCAAGGUUUUGAAUGACUGUAAAUUUGGAAAUUAAGCCGUGCUACACUACAGGGUAUAUCUGCUUAAAUUUUAUAUUUGUAUAUUCAGAAUUACCAAAACAAAUGUACUUUUACCUGUAAUUUCUAACCCUGUGUGUUAGAACAUUUGCAUGCUCUCAUGCUUUUUUUAAAGCACGUUGUUAAGCUGUGGAUUUGUAUCCAGUAAUGACUUAGGAUAAAUAUUUUUUUCAUUUAUUGCUUUGCAUAUUAGACCUUUUUCUUUUUGUUGUAAGCAGAUUCAAAUUAGAAUAGUCAAUAAAACUUCUCCUUUUAUAUCCCACAA